UGCUUGUUCACCAAGAUUUAGGAGUAAAUUUAGUAGUUAAGGCCUUUCUGCCUUGACUGAAAACCUUGACUGCUCAUAUGGUCUCCUUCUUCCUUGGGCCCUAUAACCAUUGACAUUCUCACCAAGAUUUUCCUACCCUCUGGAAGGUUACAUGUUGCCUAUUUUGAUUUCAUCACAUCAUCAACCCCACCCAGCAAGUUUUCGGAGUCUUCUUGACCCUAGGGAAAUUAUUUGAGGGUGCAGGGAGAGACUUGUAAAAAUCAAGCAGACAUACGCAAUUAGUGAUCGCCCAAGUUUCCGGAUUUUUGCGAGGUCGUAGAAAUUUGGAAAUUUGGCAAUGAGUUUAAAAUUGGAUGGGAAAAAUUGAUAAGAAAUCUAAAUUUGAAGUAGUAAUUAGUCCAAGGAGAGUUUGAUAUUAACUAAAUUUAGUGAACAAACGAUCGAAACCGUGACUGUCGUGCUUUCAACGUGGACAAAUGUGGAAAGUCGCGUAUUCGUAACAUCUUCUUCAUUACCACCACCACCUCGCCUCCGAUUUUCGUCCUGUUUUUUACGUCGAUAUUAUAAACAGAGAAUGACCAUUCUAACGAAAAAGAAGGGAGGCAAUUCUUCCAAAAGUGGGGGGAAUGGCGAGGCUGACAGUGGUGAUCAUGGAGGUGGGGCGCACGUCCUCCCCCAUCCUUUGGUACUGCCACAAAUUCAGCCGGAGAGCUUGAGUUUGAACCCUGACCGUUUAUACGGAACGUCCUCCCCCUCAUCUCAGUUAUGGUCUAGUCAGAACUUAUCGCACAAUCUAAACCUCAGCCUUGGGAAUACUCGAGAAGAGAAGCGUGCCUCCCAACAGGCCCAGUAUGACGUCGAGUCUCCCAAUCCACACCCAAUCGCGCUCCUCGGGACCAAGCGGAGACAUGUCAACAACGCCAUUAACGCCCACCACCACUCCCAUGCUACUCACCCACUCCCACUUCGGUGCUCGUCAAGAUCAAAACAUAGCCGCCUUGACCGUGGCGGGGACCAUGGUCGCUCGUCGGGAACAUCGUCGCCAAAUCCGGGAUCGCCGAACGUUUCCGUCUCGUCGCCAGCGCCACAAGUCCUGCCCGACGCGAUCUGUCAGGGUCUCCCAAAUAUGUCAUCUAGUCCUGAAGUGGCGUAUAAUUCUGAGGACGAGUACGAGGCGCAGCCUCAUUCGCAACUUUCGGAGGAGGAGUGGGCCGAGCGUGAGCGCCGAUUCGAAAAAAAGAUGCGGAAGAAGGGCUACAUUAUCAAAAAGAUGGGGGAGGAUGGUGCUUGUCUAUUUAGAGCUGUGUCCGAUCAAGUUUAUGGAGAUCAAGAGAUGCACACCGUUGUACGGAAGCAUUGCAUGGACUACAUUGCCGCCAACGGAGAUUACUAUUCCCAAUACGUCACGGAGGAUUUUAACCACUACGUAAACCGGAAACGGUUAGAAUAUGUUCAUGGCAAUCACAUCGAGAUUCAAGCAAUGAGUGAAAUGUACAAUCGAACCAUUGAAGUAUUUUGCUACAGUACAGAUCCAAUCAACAUUUUUCAUGGGACGAACCAAUCUGACAACGAACCAAUUCGGCUUUCCUAUCAUCGUGGAGUUCACUACAACAGUUUGGUUGAUCCGUACAAGGCAACCGUCGGGGUCGGUCUCGGCCUCCCCGGUCACAUUCCUGGCCUCGCGGAUAAGAACGUCGUGAAGGAGGCGACCCGUCAAAGUGAGGACAUGCUCAUCGAACAGGCAAUGUUGGAAGACAAGCUCCGCGCUACGGACUGGGAGGCAACAAACGAAGCGCUGGAAGAACAAGUCGCAAGAGAAAGUUAUCUACAAUGGUUGAAGGACAAUGAGCGGAGGAACAGAGCAGUGCGUUCCCCCACGACGGCAACUUCCUCUUCCUCAGCUACGUCCACUUCUGCCUCGUCCUCGGAAGUGAGGUCACCACGAGUCAAGAUGAGCAGCAAGACGUCUCAAAGUGGUGGGGCGAACAUUUCUCCGCUGGGUUCUCCUUUCCGGGGAGAACCUCCUCCGUCCUUUAAACAUUCACCUUCUCGAUUAUCUCCUCCCCCUUCACUCCCAGGACCGAGUCGACCACCACCCUCAAAAUCCCCACCAAAAAGUCCCACGGGAACGGCGACGGAUUCCCAUAAUUUUCAAUUAUUAGAAACGUCCUCGUUUAUUAAUCAGUUGCCUCCGGAACUUUUCGGCAUGAACGAAUGGGAAGACGCCGGUUUGAUGGCGCAAGUCCUCGCAGUAUCGCAGCAGGAAUACUUGGAUAAUUUAAAACAACGCAAUCGUGAUCCAUCCCCACCACCGCCGCCGUCGUCAGACGAUGGGUCGUCGUCAUCAUCUCACCAACCACAAAAAUAAUAGCUUAUUUAAAUUCACGUAGUCCUCACUCCCGAGUAACGAUCAUAAUUUGUUUCUUAUUUAUUUAAGAAUUAUUUCCGUAGUUAAUUCACAAAGUCCAGUCAAAUCAACGUCAACAGAGCAUAAUAUUCAUCGUCACAUAGUCCUCGCCCAUUAUCGCCCUCGUCGCAAUUAUUAUUAAAUUAAAAUUGAAAACGCUCGUUCGCCCGUCUUCGUUCUCCGCUCUCGCUAAUAAUUAAGAAAAUAUUGUAAUCCAAUGCAAUUAUUAUAUAUACAAAAUAUCUACACACAUAUAUAUCGCAAAUUAUAUGACGUUAAUCGUGAUGUACUUAUCAUCUCCGUUUAAAAAAAUCGAUAUGUACUUUAUUAAUCUGUCUUCUGCUGAGCUGCUGCUAUUUACUAACUCUCAUCUUCUGAUCACCUUAUAAAUUUUCUUUUUAAAUUAGUCUCAAUUAGCAGCAAUUGACCAGAGUGCAGACCAGAUUUUAUUGAAAUAAAAUAUCUACUAGUUCUUAAUUUGUAAUUAACUUAAAAAAAAUAAAAAUUGUCGAUUGUUGUCAAAUACGAUAUGAAUUAAUGCAA